GCGCGGUUCUCCUGCUGAAUAUUACAUUGGCAUGUGCUGGUACCAUCACACACGAAAUAAAUUAAUCAUUCAAGAACAAAUAAAUAUCCUACAUAUGUUGCAAGUACAACUCUGGAAUACGCAAAAUGUUCAACGCGGCUUUAAUGUUGGUUUCCAAAAAAGGUGAUCUCCUCAUUCGGCAUCCGUGGAGGCAAAUGGUAAAUUUUCACCUCCGUGGCACCAUCUUCCAUCUGCAGCUUGAUCUUGUGCACCUCACCGUUGUUGACCAGCUCCUGGCUUCCAUCGAAUCUGCGGACGACUUCUUCUGCUUUCUCCAAAGAGUGGCAUUCGACGUACACUUUGCUUUCGGCGAGAUCCGGCUGGAUUGCUGCUACUUCGGCUUCGAAAAUAACCUGGACGUCAGUUUUAACAUGGCCCAUGGCCCAUUCCCGUGCCGUGACAUCUCAAAGAAUUCGUCAUUGAUCUUUCAUCGGGAGGCGGCGGUGGAAGCAACACCAGAUUAAUUAUUCAAGGCAUCAAAACUGCACACACCCCGAACGUGAUGUAACAUAUAA